GCUGCAAAGGGGGUGGAGGUGUGCCUGUGUGCCAUUUUGAACGCCUCCUUCUCCUUCUCCUUCCUUGUCAUCAAUGAAAAGGGGGAUUUGAGUGAGUCAUGCUGGCAAACAGGCUUUCAAGGCCUCGCUUGGGGUGCGGGAAGGGAGGGGAGAGGAGAGGAGCGAGGAGGCAAACAAAGAUGGCGCCCGCAGGAGCAGCUCCCCCCGCCCCCUCGCUCUCCCCAGGUGCCCGGAUGUGAGCAGCCCGGCCGCCAUCUUGCCUCCCCAGCCGCCGAAGCAGGAGCCGCCGCAGCAUUCAUUCAGCGCGAGCCCAGCAGCAGCUGCCGCCGCGGCCACCGCCACCAGCCCAGCCCUUCAGUCCCUGCACCGCCUCGAUCCAGCGCCACCCCCCCGCCGAGAUGUCGGCUCCCGCUGCUGCUGCACCCCCCGCUGCUGGAGGGGAGGGGGUUGGCCCCCCUCCCCCACCCCCCAACCUCACCAGUAACAGAAGGCUCCAGCAAACACAAGCCCAAGUGGAUGAGGUGGUGGAUAUCAUGCGGGUUAACGUGGACAAGGUGCUUGAAAGAGACCAGAAGCUCUCGGAACUGGACGACCGUGCCGACGCCCUGCAAGCUGGAGCAUCCCAGUUCGAAACCAGUGCCGCUAAGCUGAAACGCAAGUACUGGUGGAAGAAUCUAAAGAUGAUGAUAAUUCUGGGGGUGAUAUGCGCCAUUAUCUUGAUUGUUAUCAUCGUUUACUUCAGCACCUAGUGGAAUUAACGGAGCCAUUCCCCACCCAGGAGCAGCGGCCGGGAGAGGUUCGAGGGGCAAAGCAUCCCCCCCCCUCUAGAUCUCAGCCAUAUCUUCCAGCCCCGUCUCCCCCACACCUAAAUGCCCGCCUCCCCUUCCAGUCCCCCCCCGUGUGUGUGUGUGUGUGUGUGUGCGUGUGGGUGUGCAUUGAGUGUGGGUGUCUUGUAAAUAGCCCAAUUUGUUAUUUAUACAUAUAUAUAUAUAUAUUAUAUUAUAUUAUUAUAUUAUAUUUUGUCUGUUUGUAGAUUUAUUACUAGACUUUCCAUGUGUCAUGGAAUCUCCCCUUCCUCCUCUUCUGCCAACCCCUAACCUCCCUCUCCUUUCUCUCUGACGGUGUUUUUUCAAUGUCUUAAUUUUUAAUUAAGAUCUUCGAGGACCAAUAAUUCCCCCUCCCCCAUCUCCCAAUUUCCCCUUCCCGUCCCCCAAUUGGGUGGGCUCAGAAAUUCCUAAGUACCUGCUCCUCGCUCCAAAUUGUCGUCUGGAUACCGGUGGCGAAUGGUGCCUCUGCUUUUGGAUUCUGGAUUCCCUUCAGCGUUCUUCCCCUUACCCCUGAAAUUUCAGAACACCUGACAGUGGGGUGUUAAGCACAGACGCUCCCUUCAUCCAGACGAGCCUGGGCUUUUUGUGAUCUCGGCGGCUUCUGUCUCUCUGGACCGUGGUGGGUUUCGUGAAUUUCUGCGCCCUCCCACUUUAACUUAGCUCCCUUCCCCUGGGGGGAAAAAUAAUUUGUAUCCUUUGUGAUCUUCUGUGACAUUCCUGGAGUUGUGCUGUGUGAUGUAUCUUGACAAGUAAUCAACACUACACCUUGUAACCCCAUAGAUCUUGGGGUGGGGGAUUCCUACCAAAGCCCCUUCCUCUCCUCGCCCUGUGAAAAAGGGAGAGGCGGGUUAUGUCCUGCCAUUGAAACUGCCUCUUUUUUUGAACACACAAAUGACAAGGUAAUAAUAUAUACAUUCCACACCUCUUCUGUCGGAGGCGAGGUAUUUAAGAAUGGGAGGGCUUGUGGCCAACACUUCCCAGAAUAACUCCAAUACCUUCUCCUGUGAUCACUGCCUAUUUGUCGGGAACGAGGGUGUGUGCGUGCCUGCGUGUGUGUCAUGGUGAUGACAAAGGGCUUCAGUUCCUUUCAGAAGUGCUGGGAGGAUCUGUGGAAAGCACAGUUAACUUUAGCAGAUUUUGAUAUCCAGUACCGCCUCUUUCUGUUCAUUACACACUUUUUCCCCCCUCAGGGAAAAAUAGGGAGGGGGGAGUUGGGUUCCUAUAGAAACGUGUAGGUAGCCCCUCCUGUAGGUGCAUAUUAUGCAUAUGGGUGUUUUAGAAUCAGAAAAAGACGGUAAUACAAAAAUUGGGGGAGGGAGGCACAUUAAGUCUGGAAGCGUUGUUGAUGGCGUAUUCCCCAGUGCUAGAAAAGCUCUCUCCCCUGCCCGCCCCAGGCCUGAAAGUUACAUUUAGGUUGGUGCACUGUAUCUUUGUGUUUUUGCCCCAUUGCAAAAAAAUACUGAGUUUUGUCUUUGCUCUUUCAACUUCUGAACAGAACUAGAGCUGGUGGGGGAGGCGUGCGUCUGUCUGUCUGUCUGUCUGUGGGGAGACUGAGGAAGGGGAUGCUAGGGGCGAAUGCUGGCGGGUUGGGGAAGUUCCCCACGGCCCCCACUUUCCCAUCUUUGUCCCAAAUCAGCCGGUUCAGCUUUGCAAACGUCGCAGUGGUGAUAUUGUGGUGAGUGACGUCCUCCCAAGUCCCCGUUGAGCACAAACUGCCAUUUUUCUCGGCCCGUUUAUAAUGUUGGUGACUUGUGACUUUUUAAUUUUUUUGGUACGACUCCCCCUCCCCUUCUUUCUCCUCCCCUUCUCCUAAGGGUUGGGGGGGGUGGAAUUCCCAAUUGACUCUCUGGACCGAUCGCUCUCCGACGCCAAGGAAUUCCGGGAGGUACCAGAAGAGAGGCGUGACUUACUGUGGCGUGGAUGGUAGGCACCCUUUGCCAGUUUGGAGGGAAAUCUUGGCAUGGGGUGCCCUUCGCAAAACAUGAAGAGGGGCAGCACUGGGGUGGGGAAAGGGGAGAAAAGUUUGGAGCGGUGAGGAGGGGCGAAGCCCGAUACCUCCAGGCUCCCAAUGUGGAGGGACAAGGGAGCCAGGCGGUUAGAUGGCUGCUACCCUGUCGUCUUCUGGCCCUUUACCAAGGCUGUUGAUGUUGGCCUGCUCUUGGGUGGGUGUUUGGAUUGUGAACUGCUUGGGAAGAGGUUCCAGGUGGAGGUGCAGCUGGUUGGUGGGGGAGGAAAGCUUGAGGGACCUCCCUCCAGUAACAGUUGCUAUGGUGAUCGUGGAGGCCCUGAGCACAUCUUCCAAAUAAACUGAAAAAUGGCGGGGGGCGGUCUGGACAGGAUGGAUGGAAAUGUGGCAGGGAAGAGAUAAGAGGCUGCAUUUCUCCAGCUGGACAGCAGGUGUCACUGCUGCUCUCCAGCUCUACAUGCACAGUUCCUCUAGUUCUCCCAAAGAGUUUUGCAGGGUUGGAAUUGGACCCUAGAAGGGGCAGCUUGUGCCCGGAAGGGAUGGGCCUGUGUGCCCACUCCCUGAAAGCAGGGAUAGCAGAUCAGAGGGUGAGGAAGGCUCCAUUGGCUUGUAGCCCAUGCCCCCACCCCCAUUCUUCCUCCUCCCUCUUCCUCAGCAGGCCUGGGUUAUGUAGGAACGGGUGGGACCCGCGUGGAUGGAACUGGGAGUGACUAUGCUGUGAAAAAUAAAAAAUGUACAACAAAUAAAUGUCCUGUGAGGAACGCCCAA